AUAAUUGCAAUAUAAUUGUAAUAUUAUUGCAAUAUUAUUGCAACUAAUAUUAGGUAAUCGAUUUUAUGAUUGUAACUGAAGUUACAAGCAUGCUUUCAUUGGACUUUAUACUGCAGUGUAAGUGCGGCCAGGCAGGUUUCUUCGGCGCACGUUAGACAUGGCUUGCAUGAGUCCAGCAAACCUGUCUGGCCACACAAGAUACCCGUGCAAAAAUAACAUAGUUAUUUAUAAGUAAAGACUCAUAAAAUUUUAUUAAUGGUGAAUAUAUGUGCAAUAAAACGAAAUUUUUUUACAUUUAACUUUACUUUACGGCUGAGUCUACUUCUUCUGAAGAGGAAAUUACUAAUAGUAGUUCUCAGUCCGACUGUAGCAAUACAGAUGAUAAUGUUAAUGAUGGUAGUUUUACCCAAGAGACAGAAGAAAUUGUAUCUAUAGUAUCUGAGGAAGAAAAUCAAAUUCUAGUAUCUGAGGAAGAAUCGAGUGCUUCCAUGUUUCAGUUCUUUAGUUCUAAUCCAUUUGAAUGUUCUUUAUUGGAUUCAAUUGUUAACAAAAAGUUUAUGUUUUUAACCUUGUUGUAUUUAAUGAUUAGCAAUUCAUUUACUGAAAUCGCAUUUGAUAGAUUUUUGAAGACUUUGCUGAUUUUUCGCUGUAUAAAUGACAUGCCGUCAUCUCAUAAAAUGAUUCGUAGAUUUGUUACUAAAAAUAUAUUCUCCCAUACUGAACCAACGCAUAAAUAUUAUUGUCAUAAUUGCUGCACAGCUUUAGUUGACACGUGUAAAAUAAAUACUCAUUGUUCAUCCCAUAUCUUUAUAUUGGAUAUCAUUAGCCAAAUGAAACUUGUUUUAUUUAUGAAUUUGGAUGCAAUUAAAUCAUAUCAAUUGGAAAUUAUGUCAGGUAAAAGAAAGAGUGAUUUUAUUUCUAGACCAAAUUUUGUUGAAAAUAUGAAGUCUGCAAAUGUUUUACAUAUUCAUUUAUUGAUGUCAACAGAUGGUGGAGAACCAUACACAAAAAAAAAGAUUACAAUGUGGCCAUUUUAUGCUAUUAUUUUAGAUUUACCAUCUUAUAAACGAUUCCUAUUUGAAAAUACACUACUUCUUGGUUUAUGGUUCUCAUUAUUAAAACCUAAUUGGAAUGCUUAUUUAAAGGAGUACAUCAAUGGAAAACUGUUUGAAACACCCCUUGAAAUUAACAAUAUCCAAGUAGUUAUUCAUAUUGUUGGUUUUGUUUUCGAUUUGCCUGCAGUGGCUUCAAUCAUCAAUCAUAAGCAGUAUAAUGGUGAAUUUGGAUGUCACUAUUGCGAACAUCCUGGUAGAACAAUUGAAAGAAAACAUGGUUACGCUAGAAUUUAUUCACAUUCAGAUACAAAUUAUAAUCUUAAAACAUCUGAAAUGUAUGCCAUAUAUGCUAGAUUAGCCGAAAAAUCAAAAGUAUCUGUAUUUGGAAUUAAAGGCUCAAACAUCUUUAGUGAAAUUUCAUUUAUUAAAGUGCCAGAUAUGAUACUUAUUGAUGUGUUACAUUUGUUUUACAAAAAUUGCUCAAAAAAGCUUUUAGUUUGUUUAUUUUCUGUUACCAAUAAACACGAAUCAUUUUUUAUUGGUAGUGCAAAAUUAAAUGCUAUGGAAAUCUUACUUGCUGAUCAAAAAAUGCCACAUAACAUGCCCAAGCCAUUAACUAUUAAAUCAUUCACACAUUGGAAAGGCCAUGACUUUAAAAACUUUAUUUUAUACUUAGCAGUCCCAUAUUUUUUGCCAUAUUUGAAUCCUGACUGCAUGAUGAUGAUUUAUUCUCUAGUAAUUGGCAUGCGUUUGUGUAGCAGUGAAAUAUGUUUAGAUAAGGUGCUGCUUAUUAGUCAGCUGUUUAACUUUUAUCAAAAAUCAUUGUCUGAGUUGCUUCCUUUAUAUAUGAAUACUAUCAAUGUUCAUUUGCUUGGUCAUGUUAGCGAUAUUAUUAAAAUGCAUGGAAGUGUUACAAAUUACUCAAUGUUUUGUUUUGAAGCUCGGCUAAGUAAUUAUAAAAAAAUGAUGAAGGGAACACAUGGUCAUCCACAACAGAUUGUACAAAAAUUUCUUGACUUCAAAACAGCUUCUUGUUUUUUGCAAACAACAGAUCAUCCUAAAAAAGUUGAAGUUUGUAAAGCAUUAAAUAUUGGCAUUAUUAAACAAGAAGAAUUGCAGUUGUUAAAUCCGGGCAGAUUGUUGAAACAUGGUAUUGUUUACCAUUCAAAAGGUUAUGGCAAACAUAACAGCUACACUUGUCAAUUUGGACAUAAUAAGUUUGGUAUCAUAUUAGAUUUUCCUUUAGUUGACAAUGUAAUACAUGUUCAGUUACAACUAUUGAAUGUGAAGUGUAAGUUAGUUUCUACUUUUGGUGAUAUGAUUGGAAAUUUGGAAAUUAACUUUGAUGAUGACUUUUUUUUUAUUGUUGAACAAACAAAAAACAUUGUUGUUAUUUCAGCUGACACUUUAGUCUGCAAAUGUAUAUUAAUUAAAAGUAAAUUAGAUACAAAAGAUGUAUUGAUUUUGACACCAUUGAAAGAACUUUUCGAAUAUGCUUAGGGUGGCUAAAUGUAAAUUUUCUAAUUAAUAAAUAUGCUUCACAUCAUGCAUGUGUGUUUUUUUAUACUAACAAACAUUUUUGUUUUUAUUAUUUUGAUAAUUUGAUUUAAAAUAAUUUGAUAAUUUGAUUGAAUUUUUUUACAGGUUUAUAUUUUAUUAAAUAAUGACUUACCCUGAUAGAAAUAGAACAAAGAAAUUAGAUUUUGUAGACACUCAAAAGCUUUCUUCUACGUUUGUUCUUUUAUGGUACAAGGAUUGUGAAAAAGAUGAGCGGCAUACCUCUCCCAUAUCACUUUCAAAUUUUUUAAGCAUUAUUCAUCCGUUGAAUGCCUUGAAUUUCAAGUGAAAAAUGUAGUGCAUGUUUCUAUUGCAAAUAUACAACACGCAGCUGUCAUCAUCUAUAAGGGGUCUAUUACCAAAUGCUGUAAAUUUGAAACAUUGCUAGAUAACUUCAUGGACGAUUUUGGUGAUGAAAAUCCUAGCACUGAUGAAGUAAGCAAGUUUGCCCUCAAUUAUAUUGAAGGCAAUACUGACGGAAAAAGAAAACAUUCUGAUGGAGACCAAUCCUCAGAUUCAGAGAAUAUUGCACCGGUCUCAGAACAUACAGGCCUAAACGGACCUAAAUAUAAAUCGACUCCUAAAUCAAAGGUGCU